AUGAUUUUCCAGAUUUACAACUACGAUUUAAGAAAUGAGAGUGAGGUAUUUCUGUACGGUAAGUCGUACGAUGAGACAGAAAACAGACAAAUGGUACUGGUUGUGAAUGGAUUGAUAUCAGAUGUCUACUUUUUGCCAGCUAGGGAAUCAGAAACUGUACUAGAGGAUGAAUUAAUGGCAGAAGAAGGAGAGAAUAUUUCGAGUCAAAUACUCCUCAAGAAGGAGUUAUUGGCGCAGUACGCCAAUUCCAUAAGCAAAAUAGAACUGGUUGAGCGCAAAAAUAUCUUUCAUAAGAACUUUGAUAAGUAUUUGAAAAUGUUCAAGGUUAGUUUCACAAAGAAGAUCAACCUGGACAAAUUUGAGUCAGAUUACUGUGAUUUCGUACUAACCGAGUUCAGCAACCCAAUUGAACAGCUUAUAGUGAGCAAGAAACUGAUGGGAUGCGCACUGAUUGAAUUUGAUGAGAGUGAUGUCAUUGAGAAGAAGAAAAUAAGAUUCAUUCACGUUGAUAAAAUCAAUUUUGUAAAAGCAGCAAAAUUCAAGCGAUUGGCCACUUGUACGGUGAUGGUUGGAUUGGAGAACAGUAAAAUAGCCAAAUACUGCGUAUAUGAUGGUAAAACAAGUACAAUUGGAACACUGAAUAAUGAUAAGAAUGAGGAAGAAAAAGGACUCACAAUCAGAUACUUUGAUAAUGAAAAUGCAGUUGAAAAUGAUUUGAUUGCGCUACUAAAAUCAAAAGAAUACGAUUUUGUGAUUACGCACAACUUCAACCUGAGGAGACUUGCUCUUCAUAAGCGGACAUUGAUGUGUGACAUCUUCACAUUUGCACAAGGAACUACCAAAUGCAAGGAUUACUCGAUCAAAGAGCUCAGUGAGAAAUAUUCAAUCAAAUGCGAAGAGGAGUUCCAUUCUGAUACGAAAUCAGUUCACCAAUUGCACGAAAAAAUGAACAUAUUGAACCUGGCUCGGGAAAUGUCAGAAAUCAGUGGAUACCCAAUCAACAAAUGCUUCAGUAACAGCAGGGCUGGAAGAAUCGAGUACACGAUGCUACACAAUUUGUACGAAAGGGGAUUUCUGUUUCCACUAAACACGAAAAGUGGCGAAACUCAGGAUUAUACAGGUGGCCUAGUUCUUGAACCUGAAAAGGGAUUCUACACCAACAUCAUUCUGCUACUUGAUUUCAACAGCCUCUAUCCGUCCAUAGUUCAGGAAUUCAACGUCUGUUUCAGUUCCAUUGAUGAAUUGGAGGCUGGAAAGCCAGUUGAUGAAAAUCUGCUAUUUCUGCCUAGGAUUCUGAAUCAACUUGUAAAAAGAAGAGCAGAAGUCAAGAAGCAGAUCAAGACGUGUAAGACGGCAGAGAAGCUGCUCCAAUUUGAUACGAGACAGAAAGUGUUGAAAUUGACGGCAAACUCGAUCUACGGGUGUCUUGGAUUCAGCAACAGCCGCUUCUGCAACUACAAAAUGGCCGCAUUCAUCACCAAAAUGGGUAGAACGACGCUUGAAGACACCAAGCGAGUUGCUGAGAAGAUGAACAUGAAGGUGAUCUACGGUGACACUGAUUCAAUAAUGAUCCAUACGAAGUAUCCUGGAAUCAGGGAGUAUCAUUCUAAGGCAAAAGAGAGUGUUGCUGAAUUUGCAAAGGCAAUCAACCAGAAAUACAAGCACGUUGUCAUUGAAUUGGAGUGCUGCUUUGCCAAAAUGAUCAUUUACUCCAAAAAGAAAUACGCUGGUCUCAUUUUUGAUAUGAAAGGCCACCGUAUCGAAACAAAGGGCCUUGAAAUUGUUCGAAGGGACUUCUGUGAGGCAAGCGGUGACUUGUUCAUGGACAUUCUCAAGAUCGUAUUUGAUGAGAAGUCCCUUGAUUUGGUGGAACCAAAGAUGAACGAGGUGAAUGCCCAGGCAAUUUAUGAUCAAUCUCUCCAUUUUUACAAAACAAUGGAAAACAGGCCAAUCAGUGAUUUUGUGAUUUCGAUUGUUCUUGGAAAGGAACUCGAACACUACGGGAACAAGAGCAGUCUCCUACACAUUCAGCUGGGACUGAGACUGAAAACUAAAGGAAUGAAAUAUAGGCCUGGUGACGUAAUAAACUACGUGAUGGGUGAAACAAAAGAGGGGAAAACAAUUCCAUUUGAACCAAAGGAGGCAUUCAAAAUGGAUUACGGCUGGUACAUCACCAAUCAGAUACUUCCACCCCUCUACAGGCUGCUUAGUCCAAUCAAAAACAUCCACAUGGAGAAGAUUGGCCUGAUAUUCAACACCAAAGACGUCCAUAUUCCACGAGAAGGAGCCAGAGAACUCGUGUUCUACAGCCAGUGCUGUGAGAAUCAGGUGGAUUUGAACGAGAAGAAGUGUCUGAAAUGCAAGAAAUCAGUUGAUCAGAGGUGGAUUGAGCAGAAGAUUCUGAAUUUGUUGAGAAGCAACAACAACCAUUGCAACAGCAAGGGAACAUGUUUGGAUUGUGGUAGAACAUUCACCAAUGCAUUGACAGUCUGCUGUUACUGUAAAAAGAGUUUGCUGUUUGAUUUCAAGAACAAGGAAUUUGAUGACAUUUUGAGGAAUGUUGAGACUGCAAUAAAAAACACUGAUUUGAUGAUCAGGAAAUCAGUUACGAAAUUCAGUGAGCACUCCAAGUAUCGCAAGGUCGAUUUCAUGAAAUAUUUCAGGCGAGAAAUUGAGAGAUACGAGAGGUGUGGGAUCCAGUGA